GCUCUCUCCUCCCUGGCGGCUCUGGGAUGGACGCCUGUCUGAGCUCCGGGCAGCAGCCCCAGCCACUGGACGAGGCACCGAGACCCCUGGACGAGGAGGGUCUGCACGCAGACGGCAGCAGCGGACCCCUAGGAGAUUCUAACAAGAUAGAACCGUCGCUUCAAAGCCUCCAGAAAUUUAUUCCAACGAAUUACGCCAGCUACACCCAGGAGUACUAUCGGUUUGCAGGCAGGAAGAUUGUCAUUCAAGAAUCGAUUGAGAGUUACGGAGCGGUGGUGUGGCCGGGGGCCAUGGCUUUGUGCCAGUACUUGGAGGAACACGCAGAGGAACUCAGUCUCCAAGGUGCUAAGGUACUUGAAAUCGGUGCUGGACCAGGCCUCGUUUCCAUCGUGGCCAGUAUUCUAGGAGCUCAAGUCACAGCCACGGAUUUGCCUGACGUCCUAGGGAACCUUCAGUACAACCUUUUAAGGAAUACACUCAACCAUGCCGCACAUCUGCCUGAAGUGAGAGAGCUGGCGUGGGGAGAGGGCCUGGAGCAGAACUUCCCCAAGUCCACGUUUUACUAUGAUUACGUGUUGGCCUCCGACGUGGUCUACCACCAUUACUUCCUGGACAAGCUGCUCGCCACCAUGGUGUACCUCUGUCAGCCAGGAACAGUGUUGCUUUGGGCAAACAAAUUCAGAUUCAGCACCGAUUAUGACUUUUUGGAUAAAUUCAAGCAAGUUUUUGAUGCAACCCUCCUGGCUGAAUUUCAAGAGUCAUCCAUCAAACUUUUCAAAGGAAUGCUAAAAUGGGACUAAUUUCAACAAAAUGCCUUUCAAAACAUUAGUGUCUUUGAACAGUGGUAGAAAUUUUAUGAGACUGAGAAGGUAGUGCACAGAAACAACUCGCAUAACUAGAAUUAACAUAUUAUAGCAACUCUUUAAAACAACCUAUUUAGGAUUAUCUGGUUGAUCUAAAUAUACACAAAGAAUAACAUGAAGACAUAAAAGUGGCUUUCAAGAGUCUUGAUCAAGUGUUUAAUAAAUUUUUCAGGAAUACAUUAA